UUGGGUGGGUGGGAAGGAACUGUGGAAGAGAAGACUUUAGUGAGGUCAGCAGGACUUUGUGUUUGGGAGCCAUCAUCAGAUUUGCGUUUUAGAGAGGUCACUCUGGCCUCAGUGGAGAGAGUGGACCGAAGAGAGCAAGAAUGAAGGGAGGCAGGGAAGAGUGAAAAGGAGAAAGAAGUCUUUGGGUCUUGGCUAGUCGGCCAGCAGAUACCCUUUCUCAGCAUUGGCCUGUCCUGACUUAUACUUGGCCAACGCCGUGUCUCUCCGGGAUUUCCCUCCCUCCUCCCCGCAGGCGGGCAGGGAAGGAAGGCGAGGGGUGGCCCUGCCUGGGUGGUCUCCUGCCCCGCCUCCCGCGGCGCCGUUGCCUAGCAGCGGAUCCGGCCGCAAGGCUCCGGGUAAUUUGCGGGCCCCUCAGCCAAUGGGAGGGCGUCGCUCCGGCCCGCUCCCUUUUUUGGGGGCUACAGACGCCUCCGCGGCACUGCGGUCGCUACCUCCAGACCCGCCGGGCGUCGCGGGCCUGUGGCUUUGCCGGCACGCGGGACCCACUCCGGCCGCACCGCCCUGCUGCUCCCCGGUCUCACAGCCGCCGCUGCACACCCGCACGCCGCCCUCACCCACGCCCGCGCCCGCUCCUUAGCGGCCCCACUGAAUCCAACGCGGGGCGCCGCGGUACAGAGGGACCAGGCCGGCCGAUGGGGGCUCCCAGAUAACGCGGGUUGGGGGCGCCCACGCCCCCCAUCCCCGCCAGCAUGGCUCGGCCGCCGCCCCUCGGGGAACUGCCCCCGGGCUACACACCCCCAGCUCAACCCGCAGCACCCCAGAUCCUAGUUGGGAGCCUGAAGGCUCCACUCUGGCUUCGUGCUUACUUCCAGAGCCUGCUCUUCUCUCUGGGCUGCGGGAUCCAGAGACACUGUGGCAAAGUGCUCUUCCUGGGACUGUUGGCCUUUGGGGCCCUGGCACUGGGUCUCCGAGUGGCCAUCAUUGAGACAGACCUAGAACAGCUCUGGGUGGAAGUGGGCAGCCGGGUGAGCCAGGAGCUGCAUUACACCAAGGAGAAGCUGGGGGAGGAGGCUGCGUACACCUCCCAGAUGCUGAUACAGACUCCCCGCCAGGAAGGGGAGAAUGUUCUCACGCCUGAGGCACUUGGCCUCCACCUCCAGGCAGCCCUCACCGCCAGUAAAGUGCAAGUAUCACUCUACGGAAAGUCCUGGGAUUUGAACAAAAUCUGCUACAAAUCAGGAGUCCCCCUAAUUGAAAAUGGAAUGAUUGAGCGGAUGAUUGAGAAGCUGUUUCCGUGCGUGAUCCUCACUCCCCUCGACUGCUUCUGGGAGGGAGCCAAGCUCCAAGGGGGCUCUGCCUACUUGCCGGGUCGCCCCGACAUCCAGUGGACCAACCUGGAUCCAGAGCAGCUGCUAGAGGAGCUGGGCCCCUUUGCCUCCCUUGAGGGCUUCCGGGAGCUGCUAGACAAGGCACAGGUGGGCCAGGCCUACGUGGGGCGGCCCUGUCUGCACCCUGAUGACCUCCACUGCCCGCCUAGUGCCCCUAACCGUCACAGCAGGCAGCCUCCCAAUGUGGCUCAGGAGUUGAGUGGGGGCUGCCACGGCUUCUCCCACAAGUUCAUGCACUGGCAGGAAGAACUGCUGCUGGGAGGCAUGGCCAGAGACUCCCAAGGACAGCUGCUGAGGGCAGAGGCCCUGCAAAGUACCUUCCUGCUAAUGAGUCCCCGGCAGCUGUAUGAGCACUUCCGGGGCGACUACCAGACACAUGACAUUGGCUGGAGCGAGGAGCAGGCUGGCACAGUGCUGCAGGCCUGGCAGCGGCGCUUUGUGCAGCUGGCCCAGGAGGCCCUGCCUGGGAAUGCAUCCCAGCAGAUCCACGCCUUCUCUUCCACUACCCUGGAUGACAUCCUGCACGCCUUCUCUGAAGUCAGUGCUGCCCGUGUGGUCGGAGGCUAUCUGCUCAUGCUGGCCUAUGCCUGUGUGACGAUGCUGCGAUGGGACUGUGCCCGGUCCCAGGGUGCUGUGGGCCUUGCCGGGGUGCUGCUGGUGGCCCUGGCCGUGGCCUCAGGCCUUGGGCUCUGUGCCCUGCUCGGCAUCGCCUUCAAUGCUGCCACUACCCAGGUGCUGCCCUUCUUGGCGCUGGGCAUCGGCGUGGAUGACAUCUUCCUGCUGGCACAUGCCUUCACAGAGGCUCCACCUGGCACCCCUCUUCAGGAGCGCACAGGUGAGUGUCUGCAGCGCACCGGCACCAGCGUCACACUCACGUCCGUCAACAACAUGGUUGCGUUCUUCAUGGCCGCCCUGGUUCCCAUCCCUGCACUGCGGGCCUUCUCCUUGCAGGCAGCCAUAGUGGUUGGCUGCAACUUUGCAGCCGUGAUGCUUGUCUUCCCAGCAGUCCUCAGCUUGGACCUGCACCGGCGCCACUGCCAGCGCCUUGAUGUGCUCUGCUGCUUCUCUAGCCCCUGCUCUGCUCGGGUGAUUCAGAUUCUGCCCCAGGAGCUGGAGGAUAGGACAGUACCAGUAGGCAUUGCCCACCUGACUGCCACAGUUCAAGCCUUUGCCCACUGUGAAACCAACAGCCAGCAUGUGGUCACCAUCCUACCCCCGCAAGCCCACCUGGUGCCCCCACCUUCCGACCCACUGGGCUCUGAGCUCUUCAGCCCAGGAGGGUCCACAAGGGACCUUCUAGGCCAGGAGGAGGGGACAAGGCAGAAGGCGGCCUGCAAGUCCCUGCCCUGUGCCCGCUGGAAUCUUGCCCAUUUCGCCCGCUAUCACUUUGCACCCUUGCUGCUCCAGUCACACACCAAGGCCAUGGUGCUGGUGCUUUUUGGGGCUCUUCUGGGCCUGAGCCUCUACGGAGCAACCUUGGUGCAGGAUGGGCUGGCCUUGACAGAUGUGGUGCCUCGGGGCACCAAGGAGCAUGCCUUCCUGAGCGCCCAGCUCAGGUACUUCUCCCUGUAUGAGGUGGCCCUGGUGACACAGGGUGGCUUUGACUACGCCCACUCCCAACGCGCCCUCUUUGAUCUGCACCAGCGCUUCAGUUCCCUCAAGGCCGUGCUGCCCCCACCUGCCACCCAGGCGCCCCGCACCUGGCUGCACUAUUACCGCAACUGGCUACAGGGAAUACAGGCUGCAUUUGACCAGGACUGGGCUUCUGGGCGCAUCACCCGUCACUCAUACCGCAAUGGCUCUGAGGAUGGGGCCCUGGCCUACAAACUGCUCAUCCAGACUGGGGAUGUCCAGGAGCCUCUGGAUUUUAGCCAGCUGACCACGAGAAAGCUGGUGGACAAGGAGGGGCUAAUUCCACCGGAGCUCUUCUACUUGGGGCUGACCGUGUGGGUGAGCAGUGACCCCCUAGGUCUGGCAGCCUCACAGGCCAACUUCUACCCCCCACCUCCUGAGUGGCUGCAUGACAAGUACGACACCACCGGGGAGAACCUUCGCAUCCCGGCGGCCCAGCCCCUGGAGUUUGCCCAGUUCCCCUUCCUACUGCAUGGCCUCCAGAAGACUGCAGACUUCGUGGAGGCCAUCGAGGGGGCCCGGGCAGCGUGUGCCGAGGCAGGCCGGGCUGGGGUGCGUGCCUACCCCAGCGGCUCCCCCUUCCUCUUCUGGGAGCAGUAUCUGGGCCUGCGGCACUGCUUCCUGCUGGCUGUUUGCAUCCUGUUGGUGUGCACUUUCCUCGUCUGUGCCCUGCUGCUGCUCAACCCCUGGACAGCUGGCCUCAUAGUGCUGGUCCUGGCGAUGAUGACUGUGGAGCUCUUUGGCAUCAUGGGUUUCCUGGGCAUCAAGCUGAGCGCCAUCCCUGUGGUGAUCCUUGUGGCUUCUGUAGGCAUUGGUGUCGAGUUCACGGUCCACGUGGCGCUAGGCUUCCUGACCACCCAGGGUAGCCGGAACCUGCGGGCUGCCCGGGCCCUAGAGCACACAUUUGCCCCGGUGACCGAUGGGGCUGUCUCCACAUUGCUGGGUCUGCUCAUGCUUGCUGGUUCCAACUUUGACUUCAUCAUAAGGUACUUCUUCGUAGUGCUGACAGUGCUCACGCUCCUCGGCCUCCUCCAUGGGCUUGUGCUACUGCCUGUGCUGCUGUCCAUCCUGGGCCCCCCACCAGAGGUGGUACAGCUGUACAAGGAGAGCCCAGAGGUCCUGAGCCCCCCAGCUCCACGGGGAGGAGGGCUCAGAUGGGGGAUGUCCCCCACUCUGCCCCAGAGCUUUGCCAGAGUGACUACCUCCAUGACCGUGGCCCUCCACCCACCCCCACUGCCUGGCGCCUACAUCCACCCAGCCUCUGAUGAGCCUACUUGGUCCCCUGCUGCCAUACCAGCUGCCAGCAGCUCCAGCAACCUCAGUUCUAGGGGACUGUGUCCCACAACUGGGUGAAGGAGCAGCUGAAGCACUGGGUGGGUUCCUGAGUGCAAGACGCUCUCCUGGAGAGCCCUGCUGCUGGCUGUCUGCAUGCCCUCCCCUGACUCAGCCAUCACAGACGUCCCUGCUAUCAGACAAAACCGCCACCCUCUAGGCUGGGAGCAGCCUUGUGCCCCUGGGUCCUGUGGGCCUGUGCCUGUGUCUGGGUGGGGGUAAAAGCCAGCACUUCAGGCUGCAGUGCAGCCCUGUUCCCUCUCCCGCUCACACGGCUGCCCCCCAGCAGACCAAGCCUGUGGGAUCCUCUAGCCAGUCCAGGCCCAGCCCCCUUCUGCUUGGUGACUCCUGGGUAGGCUCUCUGAAGCCCUGCCCACCUCCUACCACAUAAAUUAUUUAUAUGAAGAUGUUUAUUUUUGUAGUGUGUGUAGAUAUUAGCUAUGCUGAAAGUUUUAUUUUUAAAGAGUGAAAUAUAUUCUAUAUGAACUCAGCUCAAAUGACUUUGGUGCUUUUCUUUCAGACAGACUUGAGAGUUUGCAAAUGGAGUUGUCAGGGUCUAAGGUCCUGGGGUUACUCUAGUUCUGGGUGGGAAAGGCCCC